AUGACAAGGACGGCACGGACACGGAGCUGCCGCCGGCAAGCCGCUGGGGCUUGGGAGGGCGGCUUCCACGUUGCCCUUCUCGGGCGGCGAGUGCCCAUCCUCGAAGGGGUUGCCAAAGAGGUGCAAGCUGUUGGCGGCACAGCAACCUGCAUCCAAUGCGAUGUGGAGGACAAUGCGAGCGUGAAGGACGCCUUCGAUUCGGCGAAAUCGCUCGGCACAGUGGAAGUAGUGAUCUACAACGUGGCACCCCCUUUCCCUCCCGGCUGCGACUUCACUAAUCUUCCUAUGGCCGAGGCGGUAGACCCGGAAUACUUCACGAGAGCCUUCAACAUUGGCGUCAGCGGAUGUGUCCGAUGCAUCCGUGAGAUUGCGCCGGAUAUGAUGGAGCGAGGGCGCGGCACUAUCCUCCUCAGUGGCGCCACGAUGGCGAUGCGUGGAGGACCGAAGUUUGCAUGCAUGGCUCCCAUCAAGGCAGCCUUGCGGUCCUUUGGCCAGGCCAUGUAUCAGACCUAUGCCCCGAAGGGCGUUCAUGUGGCUCACGUCGUCAUCGAUGGUGUCAUUGAGUCUCCAAACACCAAAGCCUGGGCUACAAAGGUCAUGCUACAGGAUCCGGCGGACUUGGCUGAUGCCUUCUUCGCACUGCACGAGCAGAAGCCGUCUGUUUGGUCUUAUGAGUCCGUGGGCAUGCGCCUCUGA